AUGGGAACGAAGUUUUUAGCUCUGGGUUUGUCUCUGUGUCUUGUUCUCUCAAGCUUUUAUAAAGUUUCUUGCCAGGAUGAAGGAACUUCUGGUUUGAGUUUAGAUCUAAUCGAUAGGGAAUAUCAAGCUAAUGUCAACUCUCUACAAGGCAGCGAAGGAGAAGAUCAAUCUGGAAAAAGACAGAGUGAAAACCAAACCAGUGGUCAGAAAAACAGUACAGUGACCGAUAACAACACUAUUUCUCUGUCUUUAUCGGAAGAAUCCGUUGAAACUCUUAAAGAUUCUACUGAUACCUCGUCUCAGUUAGGAGCUGCUACAGAUGAAGUCGCUACACCUUCCAGUAUGUUGGACCAUAUCGAACUUGAGUUCGAAGCACAUAUCAAUGAACUUAAAAAGGCUGGAUCUGAUGAUGAUAUCAAAAAGGUUGAUGAAUCUAAGGCUGAUGAAGAACAAGCUGCUCAGAGACAGAAAAUGUUGGAAGAGAUUGAACGCGAGUUUGAAGCUGCUGCAGCUGGAUUUGAACAACUCAAGAUUGAUGAUUCCACCCAAGGAAAAGAUGAUGAAGAAUCUGCAAAGAGACAAAGCAUGCUUGAUGAGAUUGAACGAGAGUUUGAAGCUGCUACAAAAGGUCUUGAACAACUAAAGGCUGAUGAUUUAACCGGAGUCAACGAUGAAGAACACGCUGCAAGGAGACAAAAGAUGUUGGAAGAGAUAGAAAGAGAGUUUGAAGAAGCUACAAAAGGUCUUGAAGAAUUAAGAUAUUCCACCUCAAGCACAGAUGAUGAAGCACAAUCUGCAAAGAGGAAAAGUAUGCUGGAUGAGAUCGAACGCGAGUUUGAAGCUGCUACAAGUGGUCUUAAACAGCUAAAGAUUAAUGCUCACACUGUUGAAGCUCAUGAUGACAAAGAACAAGCUUCCAGGAGACAAAGUAUGCUAGACGCAAUCGAACGUGAGUUUGAAGCUGUUUCCGGAAGUGUUAAACAGUUUGAUGAUCUCUCUGAGAACAAUAAUGAUGGAGAAGAUUCUGCAAAGAGACAAAGUAUGUUGGAUGAAAUUGAACGUGAAUUUGAAGCUGCUACAAGUAGUCUUAAGCAACUAAAGCUUGAAGGUUUCACUGAAGGAGAUGACAGUGCAGAAACUGCAAAGAGAAACAGCAUGCUUGAAUCUAUCGAACGCGAGUUUGAAGCUGCUACAAAAGGCCUUGAAGAGCUAAAGGCUAGUGAUUCAACCGAAGGCAAGGAUGAUGAUGAACACGCUGCAAAGAGAAAUAGCAUGCUUGAAGCUAUCGAACGCGAGUUUGAAGCUGCUACAAAAGGUCUUGAAGAGCUAAAGGCUAGUGAUUCAACUGAAGGCAAGGAUGAUGACGAACACGAUGCAAGGAGAAAAAGUAUGCUUGAUGCUAUUGAACGCGAGUUUGAAGCUGCUACAAAAGGCCUUUUAGAGAUAAAGAAUUAUGAAGAACAAGCUGAAAACAAGAGAAACAGUUUCUUGGAAGCAUUCGAACGCGAAUAUGAAGAAGCUGCAAGUGCAAAGGCUAAUGGAAAAGACUCAGAUGCAAAUAUUUCACCAACCAUAAGUACAGUGCAGAAAACUUAUGGCGGAUACAAUGCUGGUUUAGACAGUCUUCUAAAGCCUGCAGAUGGUGUAUGUGGCUGUUUUAACAAAGACAAAGAUGGUCUUAAGGCAGACAUUGGUUCUUCGAUCAACAUAGCAGAGAUACUCGCUGAAGAAUCCCAAUACCAGGGCUCAGGGACCUCUACACUCACCACAUCACUCACCAAUCUUUUUGAUACCCAUAGAAAAGAAACUUCCUCAAAGGUAGGCACAGUCCUUGGCUCAUCAUCAGUUACUUCCACCACAAGCGAAUCAUCCGCCACAUCAGAGACCAUAGAGGGCUUAAAGCUAACCCUAAAGAAGCUACGUGGUCUAAGCGCACGUGACCUAGUAAACCAUCCGAAUUUCGACGAGAUUAUUGAAGCCGGUACGCGUUACGAGGUACUCAGCUCAGCUUCUAUUGGUUACAUAUCUUUGCUAGCCAAAUACAAAACCGUCAUUAAAGAAGGACUCGAGGCUUCUCAGAGAGUCCACAUUGCUCAAACCCGAGCCAAACUACUAAAAGAAACUGCAAUGGAGAAGCAGAGAGCCGUGGACGCUGAGUUCUCAUUCGCGAAGACUCUUGCUCAAGGAGGAGACGCGUUGACUAUCAAAAUCUUUGCCAUCAAGAAACUGUUGGUUAAGCUUGAAGCAGAGAAAGCGAAUAUUGACCUAAAGUUUAAGUCAACGGAAACGAAUCUUGCACGACUUCUUAAGGAGGCUUCUCAGGCUUAUGAAGAGUAUCAUGUGGCUGUGCGUAAGGCCAAGGACGAGCAAGCCGCUGAGGAAUUCGCGCUUGAGACGACUAAGAGAGCAGAACAUAUUUGGGUUGAGUUUCUUAGUUCACUUAAUUGA